GCUUUGAUUAAUCCAGAGCUCCUUCCCACUGACUGCUCUAUGAUCUGCAGCGCUCGCAAAAGCAGAUACUUCUCUCUUGCACCUCUAACUCCUGCACGUUUCAUGUAACCGGGAGUUACGGAGCUUUUUUAAUCAAAAAAAGGAACUACAUCUCUCUGCGGUUGCUUUACUCAGCAAGAUGGUGGAAAUGUAUGAAGGGUGUCUAGGAACUGUGAUGUAAAUGCAGAAUGCAAUUCUCAUUUUGAGAAGUGCACUUCGGAUUUGCAACGUCUUGCCUGGAAUACCCAGUUCUCAUAACUGGUUGUCACCAAGUGAUCCUGAUGUCUAAGAUUACGGUUUUGUGUUUUUUCUGGUGUGUGGUUCUGAGUGGGGGUUCUCUGCUGUCUAAUAAUGGGGAGCAGGACACUACGGCCAAAUCGAGUGCAACCGGUGGAGUUUGGGAGGAAUUCAAAGAAUACACGGAAACUCUGGAGAACGUAGUUGAUAAUCAGGAAAAUGUUUUAACACAGCUGUUGGGUGAUUAUGACAAAGUCAAAGCCGUUUCCGAAGGCUCUGACUGUCAGUGCAAGUGCGUGGUCAGACCACUGAGCAGGACUGCCUGCAAAAGGAUUGAAGAAGGCAGUGCGAAGGUGAACGACUUCUACACCGUGGAAACUGUAACAUCUGGACCAGGAUGCAAGUGUGCCUGUAUUGCCCCUCCUUCUGCUCUCAACCCCUGCGAGGGGGAUUUUAGAUUUAAGAAGCUCCAGGAAGCUGAGAAAGAUGGUAUCAAGCUCUCAACAGUUAUUGAAUUGCUUGAAGGUGCCUUCUAUGGUUUGGAUCUCCUGAAAAUGCAUUCAGUUACAACUAAACUUGCACAUCGCAUUGAAACAUUAGAAAAGGUUGCCUUACAAAACAGAACUGAAAAGAAGGAACAUUUAAAAGGAAACACCAAAGUGAACCACAUACCCAAGAAAGAAAACAGUUCCACCACCAGCCCAACAGAAACUAAGAAACAGCUCACAGAUCUGGGUUCUGUCUUGCAGAGGGAUGCUGCAGCAGCCUAUAGUCACAAGGAGAAAUACGAAGACAGAUUUGUUGGAGAAGCAGCAUUCUCUAAACCACCACUAAAGAGAAAUGAAGGCGUGCGCCUUGAACCCCUGACUGAACCACUGGAGCAUCUGGAGUCAUUGCAGACACAGCCCAGGACAAAGCCUGUCUCCCGCCCUGCAAUCAUCCGAGGAAUAACUUACUAUAAAGCUAAUCCCAUAGAGGAGGACAAUGACACAGAUGAACAGCCAGAAGAUGACUUCCCAAGUGGUGAUGGUGCUAUAGAUCUGUUGAUUGAAGAUCAGCUCAUCAAGCACAUAGGAACGCUGGUCAGGACUGUCGAGAUACCAGAACCAGUGGUCAGGCCUCCAACAACAGCAGCUCCUGAGGUGGACACACAAGACAAUAUAGAGACAACCCAGGCUCUGACUACAACUGCAGCUGCUAUGGAAUCUACAGCCGCUCCUAGCAUUACCACUGAGCUUCCAUCAACCUAUAUCACAACUACCACAGCAACUACCACAGCAACUACCACAGCCUCUUCAACACCUUCUACGGGAACAACAACAGUUAUGACUGUACCUCCCACCAGCACCUCCACACCUGUCCAAGACACCACCUCCGCAUUCACCACAGUCACAGCCGCCACUACCAUUCCUGAACCGUCCACCAGCAAAGCAGCCCCUAUCACCACAGCUACGCCUACCACUGCUAAAACAAUAACUUCCAUUGCCUCCAUACUGCUGAACACCACCAGGCCCCUCCAGCUGACCAUACCCAGGCAGUGGGUCAACAUUAAUGGGGAUGAAUCUCAGGAGAACAUGGGGGAUGAGGCUCAGACGAGUACCGGCGUGUGUAAAGACACCUUGUCCACCAUCUCUGAUCCUGUAAUUCAUAACACAUAUGGGCGGAAUGAGGGCGCCUGGAUGAAGGACCCAAAGUCCAAGGAAGACAAGAUCUAUGUGACAAACUAUUACUAUGGAAACACUUUAGUGGAAUUCCGCACCAUGGAGAACUUCAAACAAGGGCGCUGGACCAACUCCUAUAAACUCCCCUACAACUGGAUAGGCACAGGUCACGUUGUAUACGAUGGAGCCUUUUAUUACAACAGAGCUUUUUCACGAGACAUAAUCAAGUAUGAUCUGAAGCAGCGGUACGUGGCCGCUUGGGCGAUGCUGCACGAUGCAGUGUUCGAGGAGACGACUCCCUGGAAGUGGAAAGGUCACUCUGACAUUGACUUUGCAGUGGAUGAGAAUGGAUUGUGGAUCAUUUAUCCGGCAAUCGAUGACGAAGGGUUUCAGCAGGAGCUGAUCGUACUGAGUAAACUGAACACUGCAGAUCUGACCAUACAGAAGGAAACUACAUGGAGGACUGGCUUGCGGAAGGACUUUUACGGGAAUUGCUUUAUCGUCUGUGGCGUCCUUUAUGCGGUGGAUAGCUACAACCACAUGAAUACCACUAUUUCUUAUGCUUUUGAUACCCACACCAACACACAGGGAGUACCAAGGCUUCCUUUUGUCAAUAACUUUUCCUAUACCACCCAGAUUGACUACAAUCCAAAGGAGAGAGUCCUGUAUGCAUGGGACCGUGGGCAUCAAGUCACAUAUGGUGUCAUGUUUGCCUAUUGAGAUAUGCCUGUGAACAGUUACAAAGGGCCAUGGCACUUUCUUUUUUUUUUUUGUAUAAAUAAAAGAAUAAAUAUUUUAAUAUUCUUAAGUGGGCUGUAGAUCAGUCCACCUGGCUUUUUUUUUUUUUUUUGCAAUUUAGCAAUACAUGCAUAUGCUUUUUAAUAUUCAACGCCUCUUUACUGCCUAAAGAGUGUUCUUUUACUGUCAUCACAGAAGCAUGAUACACCUUUAUUUUACUUGCUAUAAAUACAUAAGACAAAUUUUGAACGAAAGUACAGAAGAUAUACCUUGGAUAUGAUACAAAGUUUGGGAAUGCACAUGGACUUCUCUUAAAGUAAAGGAUGUCUAGGAGAGUUUAUAUAAAUAUCUCCUACAAGACUGAUUUUGGUUCUAAAGCCAGUACAAAAACAAAUUAUUUGAUACGCUUUAAAAAGCGAUUCACAAAGGUUCAUUUUUUAUUUCAACUUUAUAUAUCAUCACAAAGCACUUAAUGUUCUGCAAUGGAUAUGACUAAGCAACAUGCAUUAAAAUCAUUUUAAGAUCUACUGCUGUAAUUGCUGAUCCUCCUUUUUUUACUUUUUCAUUCUAAACAGAAGCAAACCAAUCACUUUGCAACAGAGAUUAUAGUUAUUUUAUUUCUAUCAAAUUCUGGUCAACCUCAUUAUUGUGAUACUAGCGGUUGGUGGAACCAGCACACAAGGAUUUUUCAUUGUAUAAAAUAGUAACGGUAAGAUUUGAAAUUUGUCCCAGAUACUGUGGCAGAGACCAGUGUUUUGAACUCUUAUGAUCUUCCUUUUUUCUGCUUUGUGGUCUACUGUGGAUAACAAUUUAAACUUCUAGAAAUAAAUUCUGAAUCAUUAAAUGUUAACAAUAUGCCUUACUUUAGCUUUUUAUUUUUUUAAAUAGUAGCACUUACAGGGCCAUAUUCUUAAGGUAAUUAACAUCGUUUUUAUUCUAAAAAGAAAACAAUUUUGUUAAUUUAACAGCACCUGCAUGCACCUUGUGUCUUGUUGGUUCUGUAACAUCAGCAGUGGGUUAUAGUUUUUUCUUUUUAAAGAUACAAACAUAGCAUAAUGAUAAAUACUUUAUGAAUAUGGCCCAGAUAUAGAAAUCUAAUACACAUCCCUCUUACCCAUUCACACAGAAUAUCCAGAAAAAUAAAAUAGCUCAAACCUGUUAUUUCAUGUUUUUCUUUAUUAAUGUGCUUUUCCAUCAUUACAAAAAAACAGUGAUUUGUCGUCCAGGCAGUAUUCAUAUCCCACAGCAAAGAAAACUAGAUGCUCUUUAGAAAGAGACAAGAGGCAGUAGAACCUGCUCAAGAUGAACUUCCACAAUUGACCUCCACACUCCAGAUGUGUGUUUAUAACAUACUGUUUUAAAAAUACAUUAUACUCUUUCAGAACUGUAUAAUUUAACCCAAAAUAUUCAUGUUUUACAAGCAGUAACAAUAUCCUUCGUUCUAUAAACAUUUAUUACAUUGUAUAUGCAGUACAUUAAAAAGACAUGUUUUUGGGAAGCAAUUUAUGGUAAGAGUUUAAUUUUGUGGUCAAUUUAUGGUAAGAGUUUAAUUUUGUGGUGUUGGCUAAAAUCUAACUUAUAAUUUAAACUUGUACACAAACUGCUGUUUUUACCAUUCAUAGGUUUGAAUGAGUUGCCGGAUUGACAUUGGCCCCAAUCCAUUUAAUACACACAAAACUACAUAAUUUCUUGCCAUUAAGGGGACCUCAAGUACAGUAGUGAUGAUAGUGAC